UUUACAGUUCGAGACAGACUAUCGAAAAUUGCACAGGAAAUAAACGGUUAAUAGCACAUGUUGUCCUGAGGUUCAGGACUGCGAUGUCAGGCGCUUCUGAAUCUAGCUGACGCCAGUGGAAGAGACCGACAGGAGAAGCGCGCUCUUGUAGACUACAGAAACCUCGCGGGAAAAGCAGAUGAUUCGUCCAUUUACGGUUAAUUCCGGAUGCCUGUCUGAAGAUGAAGUGUCUAGUUUACUCGGGACCAUGGAGCUGAGCAAACACAAGAUGAUGAUUACUGUCACAACAGUCACAUGCAUAGAGAAGACAGUUCUGGCCAAGAACAGAACAAACACAGACAUAGACCCUAAUGCUUAGUGAGGAAAGGUGCCAUAUUGUCCUGUGAUGUACUGAGACACCAGCCAGCUACUGAGGUAGCAUCUAUGAAUGCCAUCUCAGGCCUGUGACACAGAGAAAUUCCAUUAUUAAUCUGAAGGAAGGAGAAUUGUGAGUCAGAAUGGAAGAGAAAAGAGAACUGUCACUCUGUAAAUCUCUCAGCCAGUAAACUCACUGGGACGUUUUUAUUUUCUCUCUAAUUUUCUGUAUUUUGCAUUUAAAAUGACAGUUUAAGUCGCAAAGAUCUUUUGACUUUGUAUUGUCUGCUGCUGUGUUUGAAGGAAGUCCUGCUGGGAUCUGAGUUCAAGCCUGGGGUGUAAUUGAAAAGGGAGUAAGGCUGAGCUCUGUUCAUUGUAUUUUUUUUACCCACCCCCUUAUCUCAGCUGUCAAGAGGGAGGAUUCUCUUAUAAGUUACCCGCAGCCACAGAGACAGUGGUGGGAAAAGAGGGUGGGAGGAAGAUAAAGGAGGAAAAGGAGGGGUGAAAGGAACAUUGAGCUGAGUGUGAGGGAGUGUGUACACACAACCCAGAGACUGAGUGACUCCUGUAACCAAGGACAAAGGUAGCAACACAUCACAACGUCACUCCUGCCCACUGAACAUCCUAAAGAAAGGGGAGGCGAGCACUCAGACUCUGAAUCAACAGUCUCCCAUUAUUCAGUGCUGAGCCCCUGGGGUUGGAGUGAUUGCCCUGAAGUGCUGAAGUCUGGGCACAUCUUGGCCACAUCUAGAGUGGACUGCACUGAACAGAAGCCUGUGAGGACUGAGGAGUAGACUGAGAGGGGUGUUCAGUGUGUGUAAAGGUGGAGCUGGAGGAGGCGUGGAGGAGUAACCCAAGGCAGUGAGGACAAAGGUACCCACCAUGGGAAAAUCAAACAGCAAGCUCAAGCAGGAGGUGGUGGAGGAACUCACCAGGAAGACCUACUUUACAGAGAAAGAGGUGCAACAGUGGUACAAAGGCUUUAUUAAGGACUGUCCAAGUGGUCAGCUGGAUGCAGUGGGCUUUCAAAAGAUCUACAAGCAGUUCUUCCCUUUUGGUGACCCCACCAAGUUUGCUUCUUUUGUCUUCAACGUCUUUGAUGAAAACAAGGAUGGACACAUAGAGUUUUCAGAGUUCAUCCAGGCCCUGUCAGUGACUUCGCGGGGGACACUGGAUGAGAAGCUCAGAUGGGCUUUCAAAUUGUAUGAUCUUGAUAACGAUGGCUACGUCACACGAGAUGAGAUGUUAAACAUCGUAGAUGCCAUAUAUCUGAUGGUGGGGAACACUGUAGAGUUACCAGAAGAAGAGAAUACACCUGAGAAGAGAGUGGACCGUAUUUUUUCCAUGAUGGACAAGAAUGCUGAUGGCAAGUUGACCCUGCAGGAGUUUCAGGAGGGUUCCAAGGCAGACCCCUCCAUUGUGCAGGCACUGUCACUGUACGAUGGGCUGGUAUAGGGCCUAAAGUGUUUAAAGAUUCGCAGAUGAGUCCAACAUGGUGCCAUCACACCUGCUAUGAGAAAAAAGCAUCUACAAGCAUCAACAUCCCUCCAUGCACCAUCCAGAAGGAGACGUGGGGUGAGGAGAAGGGCAAGGACUUGUGUAAUACUGCUGCCGUCAAUUGCACAUAUUCAUCUGCACUCUAAGCAUUGAAAACAACUCUGAGCCCUCUGAUAUACAAACAUGUAAAAUAAAAAAGGACAAGAGGGGAAUAUACACUGAACUUAUACAUACAAGCAAGGCCGUUGUUUUCCCUUGUGGACUAUACUGGAGGAUACCCCUUGAGGUGUGUGUGAACUGUGAACGGCGCUCAACAGAGUCAGAGUGGUGUGACUGACACGUGGAGAGCUGUCACAUGGCUACCUGAAAGACUACAGCAGGAGACAUCAGCAGGCACUGAUUGUUAUUGAGAGUGUUGAGGGAGAUCAACUUAUUUAUAAAUCCAUGUAUAUAGGAUAUACCAUAAAUAGUCUUGUUAUUAUGUGUUGCUUUGCUGCGUUUGUUGGAGUGCUGUUCAUUAACAUGAAAUUAAGCUUAAUCGUUUUUGAAUCCGUUUUAAUAAAUGGAAUGCUUUUUUUCAUCCUGCUUCCUGCACAAACCGCUUCCUUGGUUAUCUUUCAUAUUUUUAUUUGAGGAGUAAGUGGUCAGGGAGGGGCUUUCAUUUGUAAGGCUUAAUUUAUUAUGUUUGGGUUAUGUGCCUCCUAUUGUGUUGGAUGUAUGUUCCGUUUCCCAUCAGCACUACUGUCAAGGCACUGUAAUGUCUCAAUGCCACAUUCUAAAUGACAUGAUCAAAGCAACACAGUGUAAUUCCUCACAGUUGACAUAUCUCAAUUGAGGCUCAUUAUUUUCCUUUGACGUCAUCUUACUCCAUCCACCCUGUGUAUACACAAGGCUUCAGCCAUUGAGAACAAACAGACAUACAUUCUCGUUGUAAAGAUUUUUGCAGGUUGUCUGUUUGAGCCUGUCCUUUUUGUGUCUGUCCUGUGUGUUCAACAGAAGCCAUAAAUCCAAGCAUGUGAUGAUGCCUUUCCCGUUCAGUCUCGGGUCAUUUCAGUCUUACCAUUAGGCAUUUGUCAGCUUCACUGAUUUAGCCUUACUCAAGUGAUAAAGAUAAUUUCCCCCUGUGCUGUCAUUUACAUUGAACAACACAGAGCACAGAGUAAAAUGCAUUUUAAAGCUGCCAUAUGUAACUUUCUGGGCGACCUGACCAAAUUCACAUAGAAAUGUGAGUUAUAGACCUGUUAUUCCCAUUGAAAUUAAGUCUAAGAAGCUGUAGACCUGUUCUAUGUGUGCUAUUUCUAUGCUUCCCGUUUGUAAGUUUAGUUUUUGCAUCUUUUACUUUUGGUUUUGUACACCAUCUUCAAACACCUGAAAAUACA